AUGGAUGUAGGCACCUAUAUUAUUAUAAAGGGUAACGAUGUACUGACCCAACUUGAUGAAAGCGACGAAGAGUGCGAAGAACUCACCGAACAAUUUAAUGUUAAACCUCAAGUAAAGGAUACAGUAUUUAAUCCAAAUUCUAAAAUUGAGAAAUUGGUAUUAAAUAAAAAAAAGAAAUUAGAUAAUAAGUAUGGUAAUAAUACUGAUAAUAAUAAUGAUAAUGUUAGUAAUGGUGUCAAUGGUAAUGAUAAUGUUGGUGAUAAUGUCAAUGAUAAUGGUAAUGCUAGUAGUAAUGUCAAUGAUAACGGUAAUGCUUGUAAUUAUGUCAAUGAUAAUGGUAAUGCUAGUAAUAAUGUCAAUGAUGACUAUGAAAAUAGUGAUAUUGUUUCUGAUAGUGGUUCUGAUUCAGAUCCAGAUAUUGUCAACUUUAUAUGGAAUUAUUAA